GUUAAUGGCACCUCAUUGACAAUUUAAAGAAACAAAAAGUAAAGGACUCAAAGUGUAACACGUGAAAAUCUUCUAGUUUUGCGAUUCCUGUUUUGAGCCUGAAAUUAGCUCGAUUAAAUCAUAUAAUUAGUCAACAACGAUGAGCACCAAACGAGGUGAUGGUGGGCGUCGUACCCGCGCUCAGAAACACCAAAAUACAUUUGGUUUCAAAAAUGAUCUGCAUGACAAGCACACGCCACUAAUAAAACUUAUCAAUACGUUGAAUGUCUGCGAAGUUUGCGAACGCUGUAAGGAAGUGAUCGAAUGGAAAAUCAAGUACAGAAAAUACAAACCUUUAACACAACCUAAAUGUUGCAACAAAUGCAACGAACGAAAGGUAAAACGGGCUUAUCACGUACUCUGCCGAGACUGCCUUUCCAAUAAAUGUUGCGCAAAAUGUUUGGCGCCAGCUGAUAAGACAACAAUUGUUCCCCCGGAACCAACGGAGGAAGAAAAAUUGAAGCUCAAAGUUGAGAUGGAUCAAUUAAUUAAGUCUUUACCAGAACGAAAGAGACGAACUUUCUUACGCUACAUGAACAAAGGUAAAAAACAGGAAGAGAAGUAUUCCGAUGAAGAGGAUGAUGUACAACAACGAGGAAAGAAAAAACCGGAAACUGCGGUACGCACGAGAGAAGAAUUGAUGGAAAAAUUCGAACAAUUGAAAUUAACAGCAAAUGGAGAUGAUUCUUAUUCCGAUAAUGAUUCGGUUGAUUACCCAGAGUCUAGUGACGACGAUCUUUGUAGUUAAAAUUAUUUGUUAUCAAUACAUGAAUAGAACAAUCCAA